AAUGGUCCAGCUCAGCUCUCCCCCUGUGUUGGCGAUGGUUUGAUCCGCUGUAGAGAAGUCAGACGCUCAGCCUGUAGUGAAGCUCAGUCAGAUGAUGGAGGAGCUGCAGAUGAAGAUGAAGCUCUCUCUGUAGACCGUGUCUCUCCGCUGCUGCUUCACUAUAAUUUAGAGGAUCCAGAGGAUUAUUGAGGAGUUUACAGCACAACAUGACGGGGGUCCUGAGAGACUCCAAACACAGACUGAUGAAGAGCCCUCGACACCAGCCCUACAGGGUUUUCGAUUAUCAGCAUGUUCCGAGUGCGGCGGGUGAUUUCGCAUCUUUACGGCGGUGUUCGUCUUUUUCUUCAUCCUCCAAAAGCCUGUGGUCCAGCAAAGAGAGAGCGCAGAGCAGACACUCGACCAGGAGCACAAGAUCACAGCUGUGUCUGGAGGAGCUGGUGUGUAUUAGGAAAGAGCUGACGGUCAUUAAGUCUCAGAUCGACGAGCUGCUGGAGAGUCUGGAGCGGAUGGAGAGUCAGGAGCAGCAGACCUGCGAGGACGGUGUGGUGUAUUCUCCUGCUCUUCAUGGCUCUGUCAACAGUGUGGAUUCGUCUGGAUCUUCUUCUCCCUCGAGGACAGACAGAGAACCACAGAGAACACACACAGAAGAAGAAGACAGACCAGAUGUUAAUGAAGAUGAAUCAGAUUUGUUCUACAUGUAGUGUGUUUUCAGACAUGGUGUGUUUUGGGAAAGCUGAUGGUGUGAAGAAGAGAUGUUUGAUCUGGUGGAAGAUGAAUGAUGUGUGUUAUGAUGAUGAUGAUGAUGAUGAUGAUUUGAGCUGUUCUGUGAUGGCCUGAUGGCGUCACACUCAUUCACAUCAUCAGUUUCUGCUUUGGCUCCACUUUGAUUAUUUGUGUGUUUCCAUGCUCUGUUUAUGGCUCGACUGAUAUGGGUUAUUAAACACCGGCUGCCAAUAACAC